AUGUCCACUUUCGAGCCAGAUGCGCAAGCAGUACUGAAAUCGACAGGAAGCACUGUAGAAUCAUUUGAAGUUCCGUACCUCGCUCUCGACGAUCGAAGGCAUGAGUCCUUUUCUGAGGUGCAGAAAGAGGAUGAACAUGUCAUUCCGGACGGGGGGUUGAGAGCCUGGUUGACUGUUGCCGGGUCUUCCCUAGUCCUCAUGUGUACCUUUGGAUACGGAAAUAGUUUUGGAGUAUUUCAAGCCGCCUAUGUCCAAGAGUUCCUUCCCAACCACUCGGCUUCGGAGAUCGCAUGGAUCGGCACCAUACAGCUCUUCCUCCUCUUCGGCAUGGGUAUUCCCUGUGGAAUGCUAUUCGAUGCCCGCAAAUUCCAUUGGAUGACCAUUUCUGGCAGCGUGCUCCUGGUUUCCUGUUGCUUCGCACUGAGCGCCGCCCAGCCAGGACAAUAUUAUCAGUUUUUCCUCGCGCAGGGACUAGGGCAGGGGAUCGGAAUGGGACUCCUAUACCUUCCCGCUGUUGCUGUGCUGUCGCACCACUUUGAGAAACGGCGAGCGUUAGCAAGUGGGUUUGUGUUCAUGGGUUCCGGUGUGGGCGGCGUUAUCUUCCCCAUCUUGAUUAACAACGUCUCCCAAUCACACGGCUUCGUUACCUCCGUGCGAGCAACAGGCUACGUGCUCCUUGGCGGGCUAGCGCUGGCCAACCUGCUCAUGCGUCCUCAUUAUAACCCCUCGCACAAGGCCGUACCCCGACCAAAAAUGAAGAAAUUGCUAACAGAUCGGCCGUAUCUCUUCGGCUCGAUCAGUGCGUGCUGCGCCGGGUUUGGAAUCUUCUUCCCAUUCUUCUAUAUCCAGCUGUUCUCUAUCACCCUCGGUCUGGAUCAGAACUUCAGUUUCUACACAAUAUCAAUAAUAAACGCUUCCUCCGCCUUCGGCCGGUUCGUACCCGCCCUCGUCGCAGACCGAUUCGGGCCCGUCACCUCCCAAGCCCCGAGCAUCAUCAUUAGCUCCGGCCUCACCUUCGUCCUCCUAGGUAUCAAGACUCAGUCGGGGGUGAUCGCCUUCUGCAUCCUGUACGGGUUCUUUUCCGGGGCGGUGGUCAGCAUGUUCCCACCCAUAGUCGCUCUCAUGGCAGAUACCAUGGCAGAAGUCGGGAUACGCAUGGGCGUGGCAUUCUUCGUCUUCUCCCUAGCGUGCCUUACGGGCAACCCGAUAGUAGGCGCUCUGAUCGGUUACGGACCUUACGAUUGGUGGAGAGGGAUCGUUUUCUCUGGGAUAUGCCUUGGCUGUUCGGGGGGGUUCACACUCGUGUCUAGGUGGUUCUUGCAGCAGAAGAAAGGGGUCAAGUGGGUGUAGACUAUUGGGGCUGAGAGCAUGGUUGGAAGGGAAGUGUGUGUGCUAGCAGGGCUGGAUGGUUGUCCGCCCACAGUGAUCCGAAUGAGUAUAAUAGAUAUUUACUAUGCCC